AUGGAGGCGGGGGCUGGGGGCCGAGGGCCUGUCCAGAGGCCCGGGCCCAGGCAACAGGCAGCCGCCCUCCGCAUCAGUGAUAUGCAUUUCUCUGUCAAGCCGAGCGCCAGCGCCUCCUCGCCCAAGCUGCACUCCAGCGCGGCUGUGCACAGGCUCAAGAAGGACAUCCGCCGCUGCCACCGCAUGUCCCGCCGCCCCCUGCCCCGUCCAGAUCCCCAGGGAGGCAGCCCCGGCCUGCGCCCACCCAUCUCUCCCUUCUCUGAGACGGUUCGCAUCAUCAAUCGCAAGGUAAAGCCGCGAGAGCCCAAGCGGAACCGCAUCAUCCUCAACCUGAAGGUGAUAGACAAGGGCCCAGGUGCGGGGGGCACCGGGCAGGGCACCGGGGCACUCGCCCGCCCCAAAGUCCCCUCGAGGAACCGCGUCAUCGGCAAGAGCAAGAAGUUCAGCGAGAGCAUCCUGCGCACGCAGAUCCGCCACAUGAAGUUUGGGGCCUUUGCGCUCUACAAGCCCCCUCCUGCCCCGCUGUCACCCCCACCCGCCGGCAAGCCUGACCUUGCUGCUUCCCCAGGCCCGGGGCUGCUCCUGGCCACCCCCACGGCCACCUAUGAUGCCCGCAGCUCCAGCUCCUCUGGCUGCCCCUCGCCCACACCUCAGUCCUCCUCCGACCCUGAUGACAGGCCCCCCAAGCUGCUCCCCGAGACCGUGAGGCCCUCUGCCCCCGAGUGGCGGGAGCCUGAGGUGCUCGACCUGUCCAUCCCUCCUGAGUCGGCAGCCACCAGCAAGCAGGCGCCUCCCGAAGUCACUGCUGUUGCCAGCCAGGCACUUCCCCCAGCCCCAGAGCCCACUGGUGCCGCCUCUGAGCCGGAGGCUGGGGACUGGCGCCCGGAGAUGUCACCUUGCUCUAAUGUGGUAGUCACCGAUGUCACCAGCAAUCUCCUGACGGUCACUAUCAAGGAAUUCUGCAACCCUGAGGAUUUCGAGAAGGUGGCGGCUGGGGCAGCAGGUGCCACAGCGGGGGUUGGUAGUGGGGUGAGCAAGUGAGUGGCUCCCCUGGGAGGGAGUGGGGGGGGCCUCCUUUCUGAAGUCACACUUGUGCUCCCACCCCACCCCUGCCCUUAGACCUGUCUGCCUGUGCUUUGCUUGUCUCAAGUGGCUCGGUGUUGACCCAGGGAUGGGGCUGGUAGUUGGCCCCCGCUAAGGCCAGCAGGUGGGGCAGUUCUGGACUAGGUUAGGGCGGGGGCCAGCAGGGCACUGAGAAGUGCUCCUUUGUCUCUUGGCACUGUCUCUACCCAUGCACAGUGGGGCCUGCUGGGUGGUUUCUGGGGAGCCCCAGAUCUGGGGUUCCCCUGCCCCAUCCAUAUCCCACCCCGUCGUCUCUCCCCAGCUUGCUUCUUGCUCUCGUGUACAGUGUCUGAUCUCGGUGCUAACCCGGCAGCUGAGGGGCCCUUCGGAGACCCCCACCCAGGGUGGGCACAGCCCCUUUCCUUCUGCCCAUUUGGCAGAGUCCCAGACAGAAUGAAGGACGAGGCGACAUGGGCUCCUCUCUCCACACCAGCAAGCUUAGCAGCCACUUCUGGACCAGGCCCAUGCAGGCCCCUGGUGCCCACCUCGCUUUUCUGAACCCCUCUUGAGGGUGGGAGGAGCUGACAGAAUGCACCCUGUCACCACCUCUGGGCGUCUAAAGCCCUUUCAGUUCUUGACCAAAGGUGCUGCAAGAACCUGCUGUGGGGACUCCAGCCGUCCAUGCGUGCGUGUUUGUCCGUCCUGAGCGAGUGUGUACGUAGGUCUGUGUGUGCAUUGGGUGCUGGGUGCCAUCCUUUCCUGAUGGCAUCUUUACACCUCCUCGGAACAGGGUCCUAAAGGCCUGGCCCUGGCCCACCUUAGUGGAGCUUGGUGUGGCCAGGUCUGUACAGUCUGCUGUGGGAGCUCCAGGCCUCCUCCCAGCCCAGAGCACUACGGGCAGUGAGCCCUGGGCCCCUCUCUGCAGUGGUCAGCCUGGCCAGUUGGGCCUGUCCUGCAGUCAUGGCACGGUGGGGACCGUCGCAGAGAGCUCCUGUUCAUGGCAGCCUGUCCUGCCCAGUGGUCAGGGAAGAAGGAGGCGACCUUGGGGACUUCCCAAGCGUCUUUGGCUUCUCCCACCCCCUCUUGGCUUCCAACUGCCAAGGCUUUCUCACAGCCCAGCCUGCUCAAAGCUCAGGAGGCCAAGGUACCCUGGACAGCUUCCAUUGCCCUGUGCUGCCUGGGCACCAAAGCCUCACUUUUAGGCUGGGCACCAGGAGGUAGGCAGACUGAAGGGGAGAGACCACAUGUUCAAGAUGGCAAGGGGAUCGGUCCCACGGGUGGACCGGCCUACUCUCGGCCACUGCCUGGGAGGUGGGCUUGGGUGGCACACUCCUGCGUGUGGCUAGAGCUGGUUUCUAGGAGUGUGCAGCCAUGGGUACCAUGUUCAGAAGCAGGAUGGCGAGAGAGAGAUGAGAAGGGAACCCGAUCAGAUGACCAGCCCCUUGGUGCUUACAGGAGGAUACUCUGGAGUCUUCCUGUGGGGGCUGCAGCGUGGCCUCACCCUCCUCACUGCAGGGUAUUGAACAGGGGUCCUCACAGGGUUUUCGGUGGUGGCGCUCCUGGGCCCCUCCCUGCCCCGCCCUUUGUGCAGGCCUUGUGACCGUCCAAGUGCCAAUUGGCUUCUCCCCCAAAUAAGGGCUGGUAUUUCUCCUCUGUCCCUAGAGGUGAUUUCCUCCUGACCCCUUCCCAGGUGUGGCUUACCUGGGUACCAGUUACAGGUGUUUCCAGAGACCAUAGAAAUGUGUUUUCCUGAGAGUCUGUGUCAUUGGUGACUUUUUGUAAAGAAGUUGUGUUUUCAGAGGUGAUUUUAUGACAGGAAAGUGAAAGAAUUAGUUUUGCAAAAAAAAAAAAAAAAAAAGGAAAAAAGGGAUAAAAAAAUGAAAUAGAAAAAAAACUAUUGUGGGAUUCCUAAGGGAGCGGGGUGGGGGGAGAAAGAUAUUUAAAGAGAACCUAGUAGCGUGGCAUUGCACAGCCAAGGUGGCGAGGUUAGGGAGGGGUGGCCCAGGCCCACGGCUGUUGGCAGCAUGGACCCAGCCUGGCCACUGGCCACCUCUCCUCUUUGGUUCCAGGCAGGUGAGACUUCCCUGCCAACCUGGGCCAGACUUCCACACCCAUCCUUGUCCUUGCUUGAAGGGAGGGGCUGUAGCCUGUCCCAGGGGAGCUGGCCCGAAGCUGGGGUGCCAGGCAGAUAGAGGCCGAAGGCUCCAAGACUGGGGACCUAAGGGGGUCUGCAGGGCCCUCCCAUGGCUUGUGGCUGGUGAUUUUCUCCAGGAAGUCUGGUGAGUCCUUGCUCUCUUCCUUUUGCCAGCUUGUUGGUCCCUACCACUGCUAUCCCAUAAGGGGGGCAGCUCCCACAUCACCCCAAAGACCCUGACAUCCCUGAGCUUCCCUGGCCAGGAGAGGGAUGCAGGCUGCGGAAAGCUGUGGGCCGGGGGAGACUGUGACUGGGGUGGUGGGGAGAAGGCAUUGCCCAUCUCUGAGGCUUUCCGGGGGCCGCACCACACAUGCACAGUGCCUGGAGGCGGGUGCUCCCUGGGGGCUGGGUGGGCAUGGAAUCUCCCAGGAGGUGCAGCGUGGGCCCACACACCCUUGACCACACACUUGCACACAGAUCAGCCUCCUGUGGGCCCCUUCUCCACCCCUUGCUGCUUUUCCAUUUGCCUAAUUACCAAGCAGAAGUUGCAAUCUGGUUUGCUUUAUUUUUGUAUGUGAAAUGACCCCCAAAGCCCAAUCUUCUGAGUCUAGUAUUUUGCAGGCAUCGGUUAUCUCCCCUUAAAUGCACCCUCCUCCCUACCCACGAGUUAGAGGAAACAGGCGAAGUCUGGUUCUCUGGGUUGAAUAGGAAAGUGGGGGCCCAUCCCUGUCCCAUUUCCCCUCUGACCUCAGUCUGCCCUCUGUGGAGGUGGUGAUCUGGGCAGCAGGGCCUUGGCUGAAGCACUGCUGGUGUCUAAGGACAAAGGGUGC